AUGGUUUCAGGAAUUGAUUUUGGAAGGCUGAUCGGCAAGACAGACUCUUCGGCGCUGAGCCCUGAAGUGCGCAAAUAUAACGAGAGGCGAUUCCGUCAGAUGUCACUGUUUUACGGCUGCGCCCUGGCCACAUUCAUAUGUUCAAAGGUGGCAUACAGAGGAGUGAUAUCCAGGAGGUAUUUGCCGAACUUCUACCAGCACAACCACGUUCCCCCAUCCUUUUCAUUCUACCGUGAUGCCUUGUCUGCGGUGACGCAUGGAUCAUUACUUGCAGUCUCCACCUUCUCCAUGAUUAUUACUGGAUCAUUGUGGUAUUUCGAUAUCUCCAAUGCCAGGGAGUUUAGUUUCAAGCUGAGAAAUCUCCUGGGUGGUGAGCAAAUUCUGGAAAUCCCUAAUGAAGGAAAGGGCUUCAAGGAAGCGAUGAGUCCGAUCAUGAAUGCUCUUGAAGCAAAGAAAUGA